UCAAUAUGGACACUCAGAAGUAGUUGCUGUUCUCCUAGAAGAGCUCACCGAUCCUACCAUCAGGAACAGUAAGCUAGAAACACCUUUGGACCUGGCAGCACUCUAUGGACGACUUAGGGUGGUCAAAAUGAUCAUCAGUGCACACCCUAACUUAAUGAGCUGCAACACUAGAAAGCACACGCCACUACACCUUGCUGCUCGGAAUGGUCACAAAGCAGUUGUUCAGGUGCUAUUGGAAGCAGGGAUGGAUGUGAGCUGUCAAACAGAAAAGGGGAGUGCACUUCAUGAAGCAGCUUUAUUUGGAAAGGUGGAUGUUGUGAGAGUUCUGUUAGAAACAGGAAUUGAUGCCAACAUAAAGGAUAGCUUAGGUAGAACUGUCUUAGACAUUCUGAAAGAACAUCCAUCUCAGAAAUCUCUCCAGAUUGCAACACUCUUACAAGAAUAUUUAGAAGGUGUGGGAAGAUCAGCAGCCCUUGAAGAACAUGUACAUGAAGAUACAACACAAGAAAUACAUAUUUCAUCUCCUGUUGAAUCUCCUUCCCAAAAGACUAAGAGUGAAACUGUGACUGGAGAAUUAUCAAAACUCUUGGAUGAAAUAAAACUCUGUCAAGAAAAGGAUUAUUCUUUUGAAGAUUUGUGCCACACAAUAUCAGACCACUACUUAGAUAAUUUGAGCAAGAUUUCAGAGGAAGAACUUGGGAAAAAUGGAAGCCAGAGUGUAAGGACUUCAUCUACAAUAAAUCUGUCACCAGGAGAAGUGGAAGAAGAUGAUGAUGAUGAAAACACUUGUGGGCCCUCAGGACUCUGGGAAGCAUUAACUCCUUGUAAUGGAUGUAGGAACCUUGGCUUCCCAAUUCUUGCACAGGAGUCCUAUCCAAAGAAGAGGAAUUACACUAUGGAAAUUGUACCAUCUGCUUCUCUCGAUACAUUUCCUUCAGAAAAUGAGAACUUUCUAUGUGAUCUCACGGACAUAGCAGUUACAAAGAAACCUUGCUCCUUAGAAAUUGCAAGGGCCCCUUCUCCAAGAACUGAUAAUGCAUCUGAGGUAGCAAUUACUGCUCCAGGAAGUAGUAACCAUAGAAACAGCUCAACAGGCCCAACACCCGACUGCUCACCUCCAUCCCCUGACACUGCCCUCAAAAAUAUUGUAAAAGUUAUUCGACCCCAGCCUAAACAACGAACAUCUAUUGUGUCUUCUCUGGAUUUUCAUCGAAUGAAUCACAACCAAGAAUAUUUUGAAAUCAACACAUCUGCAGGGUGUGCAAGCUUUACUUCCAGCCCUCCUGUUAGUCCGCCCACCUCUUCUGUGGGAACCACAGAAGUCAAGAACAACGGAACUAGCCAUACAGAUGACCCUUCUCAACAGGAGGAUAGCGAUCCUCCAAAAGAAUAUGAUCCUGGGCAAUUUGCAGGCCUUCUCCAUGGAUCCUCUCCAGCCUGCGAGUCCCCUGAAAAUCCAUUUCAUCUCUAUGGGAAAAGAGAUGAACGUGAAGAAGGACAAGAUGAAGUCAGUUCAGCAAACAGUCCUUUGCCUUUCAAGAAAUCUCCAAUAGCAAAUAACUCAGAACCUUUGGUAAAGAAAAUUAAACCCAAAGUGGUCAGUAGAACAAUUUUUCACAAAAAAAGCAACCAACUUGAAAACCAUACUAUUGUUGGCACCAGAACAACUAGAAGUGGAUCCCGGAAUGGAGACCAGUGGAUUGUGAACACGGGAGGAUUUGUGGAAAGAGCCUGUACCCUGGGGAGAAUAAGAUCAUUGCCAAAAGCCCUGAUUGACAUGCAUUUAUCAAAAAAUGUCUCUAAAUCGGAUUCUGAUCUCAUUGCAUACCCUUCAAAUGAGAAAACACCAAGAGUUAACUGGAGUGAAUCUUCACCUGCUGAACAUACUUCUAAAGGGAAUUCUGAAAGAACACCAUCCUUCACUUCUGAAUGGGAAGAAAUUGACAAAAUAAUGAAUUCCAUAGAUGUUGGAAUUAACAGUGAACUUGAGGAAAUGAAUGGUGAGACCACAAGACCCAGAUGCCCCGUCCAAACAGUGGGACAAUGGUUGGAAAGCAUUGGGCUACCUCAGUACGAGAACCACCUGAUGGCUAAUGGAUUUGACAAUGUACAGUUUAUGGGAAGUAAUGUUAUGGAAGAUCAGGAUUUAUUGGAAAUUGGAAUCCUUAAUUCUGGGCACAGACAAAGAAUUCUACAGGCAAUCCAGCUCCUUCCAAAGAUGAGACCCAUUGGCCAUGAUGGCUAUCAUCCCACUUCUGUUGCUGAGUGGCUGGAUUCCAUUGAACUAGGUGACUACACCAAAGCCUUUCUAAUUAAUGGCUACACAUCGAUGGACCUGUUGAAAAAAAUCUGGGAGGUUGAACUUAUUAACGUUUUAAAAAUCAAUUUGAUUGGCCACAGGAAACGUAUUUUGGCAUCUCUGGGAGACAGGCUGCACGACGAUCCACCACAGAAGCCCCCUCGGUCCAUCACCCUCAGGGAUCCCAGUGGUAAUCACACUCCUCCUCAGUUGUCUCCAUCACUUAGCCAAAGCACUUACACCACUGGUGGCUCCCUAGACGUUCCUCACAUUAUCAUGCAGGGCGAUGCAAGGAGGAGAAGAAAUGAAAACUACUUUGAUGAUAUUCCCCGAUCAAAACUGGAGAGGCAGAUGGCCCAGCAGUCGUCUGUCUGUGAGAUAUGGACGAAUCAGAACGCUGGAUUUCCUUUCUCAGCCAUCCAUCAGGUUCAUAAUACAGGAGACUGGGGAGAACCUUCCAUUACCUUGCGACCUCCAAAUGAAGCCACAGCCUCCACUCCAGUACAGUACUGGCAACACCACCCAGAAAAGCUCAUCUUCCAAUCGUGUGAUUACAAAGCUUUUUAUUUAGGUUCUAUGCUGAUAAAAGAGCUCAGAGGGACAGAAUCAACCCAAGAUGCCUGUGCAAAAAUGAGGGCUAACUGUCAGAAGUCUACAGAGCAAAUGAAGAAGGUCCCCACUAUUAUUCUUUCAGUCUCUUAUAAAGGAGUCAAAUUCAUUGAUGCAACAAAUAAGAACAUAAUUGCCGAGCAUGAAAUUCGUAAUAUCUCCUGUGCUGCCCAGGACCCAGAAGACCUCUCAACAUUUGCUUAUAUCACAAAAGAUUUGAAGUCCAAUCACCACUACUGUCAUGUGUUUACUGCCUUCGAUGUGAAUUUAGCCUACGAAAUCAUCCUAACACUGGGACAGGCAUUUGAAGUCGCUUACCAGCUUGCACUACAAGCAAGAAAAGGGGGGCAUUCCUCUACACUUCCGGAAAGCUUUGAAAACAAACCCUCCAAACCCAUCCCCAAGCCCCGUGUCAGCAUUCGCAAAUCGGUGCCUUUCUGUUUUAAAGCAGAUCGACCCCUCUGAACAAAAGACUCUGGCCAAUCUGCCGUGGAUUGUGGAGCCAGGACAAGAAGCCAAGAGAGGAAUUAAUACCAAGUAUGAAACCACAAUUUUCUGAUACUCACCAUCCUCCUGUCCUCGCGGUGCCUUGCACGCUGAGCAGUCCCGGAGCAGGCUUCCCUUCGCGCCUCCGUUUCCACCCAGCCCAGGAGGAAGACUGCUCUGUUUGUGUGGCCUUGUCACGGGCGAAAGGCCGCUGGCCAUUCCUGGGGAUGUUCUUUCUGCACCAGUAACAGAAAGUGUGCAACCAAGACUUUCCAGCCGUAACCCCUGAGAGGCACGAGUUGAGGUUUUUUGCUGACUCUCCCGACUCCCCUCCCUACCACCACCCAAGGUAUUUCUAAUGACUCUGCCCCCAACACUGCUUUGCUGAAUUUGGGGAUAAUACCUUUAAAAAAAAAGUACAGGGGAUCUCUAAUACUGCCUAAAAGUAUAAAAAUCUUGGAUUUUUCAGUCAGCAGUUUUAAAGGUAGAAUCAGAACAGAACUACCCCCAUAAAGCACCUGUAAAAUCAUAUCACUGCGCAUCAUUUCAUGCAUAAGGACAAAAACCACCCCCAUGAUUGCCAGGAAAUCCUGUUUCCCAAUUUCUAUAUUUGUGGAUUUUAUAUGUAAUAAACCAUGUCAGAUAAAGAAAAACUUUACAUCUAUGGAUUGAUUCAAAAUUUAAGAAUGAUUCAAAACAGGAAUUUAUUAUGCACAGAAAAAUGUGUCUUGUAUUAAAUAUUUUUAUUAAAAGAAUGUUUCAUUAAUGCACUGAUAAGAAAAGUAGGUUAGUUGUGAGGGAUGUUUCUGGUUUCAUUUCAAAUGACUAAAUUUUUACUGCUACCACUGAGAGGACUGGCUUGGGUGUGGCAAAGUACUGAUGACGCUCCCCAGAGCAGGAGAUUAGGGCAAGCAGACUGGCAUCCAACCGAAAGUGCUGAUGCAGCCAUAAGCUGCAAAGAUUGUUUUUUUUUUUUUAACCUUCACAGUGUUUUAAAGAAAACGUUAAAAAAAAAAUCUAGGGCUCCUGCUGUCAAGAUUUCUGUCAUGGAAACCUUGUUUGAGAAAGGUGUUAAUAAAAUUCUAUUGCAAAAAUUUUUCUAGAAAAAAUACAAAAAAAAAAAAAAAAA